CUCUGUCCUUGAUCCCGCUUCCGACCCAGCAGCGCUCUCUCGGCACCGGCCCCCCCCCUAUCUGCAGGCGCACCCGUCCCCAGCCUCCCUCCGCCUCCUCUUUCUGUGCCGGCACCGCAUCAGCGCCAUGUCGAUUCUGUACUCCAAACCCGCCAUCCUGGGCUUCAUCGCCGUCGCCUUUGGAGUCGCCGUGACUCUCGAGCUCCUGUUCACCAAGAACGCGUAUCAGUUCGACGUCGGAUAUUACCUCACCAGCACUUCGCCCUUUAUGUGGGCGACCCUUGGAACGGCACUCACCUGUGGCCUCAGCGUCAUCGGAGCGGCAUGGGGCAUCUUCAUCACCGGCUCCAGCAUCCUCGGCGCUGCCGUCAAGGUCCCUCGCAUCCGGACAAAGAAUCUGAUCAGUAUCAUCUUCUGUGAGGUCGUCGCCAUUUACGGCCUGAUCAUUGGCAUCGUGUUCACCGCCAAGCUGUCGAACAGCGAAGAUGUCACUCGUGGCUUCAGCAGCGACGCCUACUUUGCCGGUUACGCCAUGUUCUGGUCGGGUCUCACUGUCGGAAUCUCGAAUCUGUUUUGUGGAAUAUGUGUCGGCAUCACGGGCUCCAGCUGCGCCCUUGCCGACGCCGCGGAUCCCGUGCUGUUUGUCAAGGUUCUGAUUAUCGAAAUCUUUGGAUCGAUCAUUGGGCUGUUUGGCCUCAUCGUCGGACUCUUGAUGACUGGCAAGGUCCCAGAGUUUAAAUAGGCCAGAGUCAAUCCAGGCGCACGAAAGGACGGACGCAGCCAGGCGAGCGCAGAGCCAAGCGAUGGUCCGAGACAUGCAACUCGAUCGGCGGCCAUUGGGCCAUUAAUUCGGCCUGGAUAUCAGAUCACCAGCAGCCAGCAACAAGCAAAUAAUUGACGGCCAUCCUGGCAGGCAGUGAGGAUCGACAGCUGGCGCGGCUCUGGAUGACUACAUUUCUUCUCUUUCAUUCUUUUCUCUCUCCAUUGCUCUGUUCUCUGAGGCGGUGGCGCUCGAAGUGUGCUCGAUCAUUGCUUCCUUCACCAGCGUUGUCCAGGAGAACACUGCACAAUACAUCGAAUUUCAUCACA